AUUUUAGUGAGAGUAAUUUCAACUGGUCCUCUCUCAGUCUUCUUCAAUCUCUCUCUCUUCACAAAUCAGAAAUCUCUCAUCUUUCACUUUCUCUCUUUAUCUCCAUCACUUUCUCUUUCCUCUCUGAAACUCUCUGCAACUAUUUUCAGAUCAAUUACUCUCCGAGAUUCUCUCUCUCUUUCUUCAAUCUUUUCGCUGUUCUCUGACCAUAAUUCCUCGUAAAGCUGCAUCUCUUCUAGUACUUGUACUGUUUAUUUCCGGUUUAAGUCAAUCGUCAUUUGACUUUGAGGAGAAAUUCAACUGAAAAUCUACUACACUAUAUAUCUGACUUUUUUGAUUUCAAUUCAUGAGAAGACUGCAAUUCAGGUGAAAAAUGAUGUGGAAUGAGUCUAAAAUCGGAAAAUCCAAGGUUUGAGGAAUUUUGACGGGGUUUUUUUUAAAUUAGAAUAAUAUUUUGCGUGCUUUCUGAAUUGAGGAGAUUGCGGAAGCAGAAUUUUGAUUUUAAUCAACUUCAUUGAGAAACUGUAUUUUAGCUGAAGAUUGAAGCGAACGUAAUCGGAAAAUCCGAGGUUUGAAGAAAUUUUGAUGGAGUAAAUUUAUGUAGAAUAACAUAAAUUUUAACGUGCUUUUGAAUUGAGGAGAUUGUGCAAGUACAAUUUUCGAUUUCAACUUCAUCGAGAAUCUUUUUUUGAUUUGGCUAAGAGAUGACGCGACAUUACUGCCGGUGGUCGGAAAUCAAAGGUUUUCGGAAAUUUUGAUGGUGUGAAUGUGUUUUUGACUUCGGACUUGUGGAGAUUGUGGAAGUGAAUUUCGAUGUAUGGAAAAUUUUCAUUACUUUGAAAAUGGAUGAUGAUGAGUUAAGUUUGAGCUCUAAGUGAAUUUGAUUUGGUUUGUGAUUUUGAUUUUUUGCUGAAUUUGUAUAAAGAUGGAUAGAAUGGCGUCAGAUCUUACUCGUAACGGUCCUGUUGAAAGAGAUAUUGAGCUGGCUAUUACUGCCCUUAAAAAGGGUGCAUAUUUGCUGAAGUAUGGAAGAAGAGGAAAGCCAAAGUUCUGUCCAUUCCGGCUAUCCAAUGAUGAAUCUGUUUUGAUAUGGUUCUCGGGGAAAGAGGAGAAGCACUUGAAGCUUAGCCAUGUUUCCAGAAUUAUAUCUGGCCAGCGAACACCAAUAUUUCAAAGAUACCCUCGUCCUGAGAAGGAAUAUCAGUCAUUUUCUCUCAUAUAUAAUGAUCGAUCAUUGGACUUGAUUUGCAAGGACAAGGAUGAAGCUGAAGUAUGGUUUAGUGGUCUUAAAGCUUUGAUUUCGAGGAGUCAUCAAAGGAAGUGGAGAACAGAAUCAAGGAGCGACAGCAUUCCAUCUGAAGCAAAUAGUCCUAGGACCUAUACACGAAGGAGCUCUCCUUUACACUCUCCCUUUGCUACCGGAGAUAGCUUGCAGAAGGAUAGCAGUGAUCACCUGCGCCUUCAUAGCCCGUAUGACAGCCCGCCUAAAAAUGCUAUGGACAAGGCGUUUUCAGAUGUGAUGCUCCCUGUUCCUUCAAAGGCCUUUUUCCCUUCAGAUUCUGCUACUAUAUCUGUACAUUCCAUGUCAUCAGGCUCAGAUAGUGUAUAUAGUCACAUGAAAGGAAUGUCUACAGAUACCUUUAGAGUCAGUAUGUCAAGUGCUGUUAGCUCAUCAAGUCAAGGUUCUGGUCUUGAUGAUGGGGAUGCUUUGGGUGAUGUAUUCAUCUGGGGAGAAGGCACGGGAGAUGGUGUGCUUGGUGGUGGAGUGCGUAGAGUAGGUAGUUGUUUUGGUGCCAAGAUGGAUUCAUUGUUGCCUAAGGCAUUAGAGUCUGCUGUAGUUCUUGAUGUCCAGAAUAUAGCUUGUGGUGGACGGCAUGCUGCUUUAGUUACCAAGCAAGGGGAAAUUUUUUCAUGGGGCGAGGAAUCUGGGGGUAGACUGGGGCAUGGGGUGGAUGCUGAUGUUUCCCAUCCAAAGCUCAUAGAUGCCCUUAGCACUACCAACAUUGAGCUUGUAGCAUGCGGGGAGCAUCAUACUUGUGCUGUGACCCUUUCUGGUGAAUUGUACACAUGGGGUGAUGGUGCUUUCAAUUUCGGCCUUCUUGGCCAUGGGAAUGAUGUUAGUCACUGGGUCCCAAAGAGAGUGAAUGGUCCAUUGGAGGGCAUACACGUCUCAUCCAUUUCUUGUGGCCCGUGGCAUACAGCCGUUGUGACCUCUGCUGGGCAGUUAUUUACUUUUGGAGAUGGCACAUUUGGCGUAUUGGGCCACGGAGACCGUAAAAGUGUUUCCAUACCCAGAGAAGUGGAGUCAUUAAAGGGUCUUCGCACUGUACGAGCUGCUUGUGGUGUCUGGCAUACUGCUGCUGUCGUGGAAGUUAUGGUUGGGAACUCAGGUUCUAGCAACAUCUCUUCAGGUAAACUAUUCACCUGGGGUGAUGGAGAUAAAGGUCGACUUGGACAUGGUGACAAGGAGGCAAAACUCGUACCCACCUGUGUUGCUCUCAUUGAUCCUAACUUUUGUCAAGUUGCCUGUGGCCAUAGCAUAACAGUUGCACUUUCAACUUCUGGUCAUGUUUAUACAAUGGGAAGCCCUGUUUAUGGACAGUUAGGUAAUCCUCAAAGUGAUGGGAAACUUCCAAUGCGCUUGGAAGGAAAGCUCUCAAAGUCUUUUGUAGAGGAGAUAGCUUGUGGUGCUUAUCAUAUUGCUGUUUUGACCUCUAGGACAGAAGUUUACACUUGGGGGAAGGGUGCCAAUGGACGGCUAGGUCAUGGGGAUACAGAAGAUCGAAAUAUCCCAACAUUGGUUGAAGCUUUGAAGGACAAACAAGUGAGAAGUAUUGCUUGUGGUACAAACUUCACUGCUGUUAUCUGCCUGCAUAAGUGGGUCUCUGGUGUCGAUCAGUCAAUGUGCUCUGGCUGUCGCCUGCCAUUUAACUUCAAAAGAAAACGCCAUAACUGUUAUAAUUGUGGGCUUGUAUUUUGUCAUUCAUGCAGUAGUAAGAAGUCUCUUAAGGCUUCUAUGGCCCCCAAUCCGAACAAACCUUAUCGUGUUUGUGAUAAUUGCCUUGUUAAACUUAGGAAAGCAAUUGAGAUUGAUGCUUCAAGCCACUCCUCUGUCAGUAGAAGAGGACUUGUAAACCAGGGGAUUGAGCUGAGUGAGAGAGAAGAAAAGCUCGAUGCAGGUUCUCGUCAACUUGCAAGAUACUCUUCGAUGGACUCCUUUGAAGGUCGAUCUAGGAAAAAUAAGAAAUAUGAAUAUGAUAAUAGUCGUGUAUCUCCUAUACCCAAUGGGGGUGGUUCGCAAUGGGGAGCUAAUAUAUCAAGAUCAUUUAAUCCAAUGUUUGGGUCAUCAAAGAAAUAUUUCUCUGCUUCAGUUCCAGGAUCCAGAAUAGUUUCUCGAGCAACUUCACCUAUUUCUAGACGACCAAGUCCACCUCGUUCAACAACACCUACCCCAACCCUCUCAGGACUUAUGUCUCCAAAAUUGACAGUUGAUGAUGCCAAGAAGACUAAUUAUAGCCUUAGCCAAGACGUUAUGAGAUUAAGAGCACAGGUGGAAAGUCUCACUCGUAAAGCUCAAAUUCAAGAAGUCGAAUUGGAAAGAACAAAUAAACAACUAAAGGAGGCAAUAGCAAUAGCAGCUGAAGAGACUGCAAAAUGCAAAGCAGCCAAGGAAGUGAUCAAGUCACUAACUGCCCAGCUAAAAGAGAUGGCGGAAAGGUUGCCUGUUGGAGCUACACGAAACAGCAAGUCUCCUUCAUUUCCAUCUUUGUCCUCCACUCCUACUUCUGCUGACAUCUCAAACUCCUCAAUUGUUCAUUGUAUUGAUCAAAAACCUAGCCUUCUGGCGGACAUAAAUGGUGGCUUAAAUGGUCUAGUGCUUUCAAAUGGUUCAGCAACUCCUAGUAGCCGUAGUUCUGUUCAGAGUAGAGUAGUUAGCUCAGAGGCAACAAGAAACGGGAAUAGAAAUCGAGAAGGUGAACCACGACCAGAGAAUGAAUGGGUUGAGCAGGACGAGCCUGGUGUAUAUAUUACAUUCGUCUCUUUACCAGGAGGUAUCAAGGAUUUAAAGCGAGUUCGUUUUAGCCGGAAAAGGUUUAGUGAAAAGCAAGCAGAACAAUGGUGGUCAGAAAACCGAGCAAGAGUAUACGAGCACUACAAUGUCCGUUCAACUGAUAAGUCGAGCGUUGGUGUCGAUAGUGAGCUUGGCUCAAUGAUUACGGAUAAAUGAAAAUAAUGCGCCUGGAGAUUUAGUCCCUCAGUUUUUCUCCUACAGCUAUGCAUUCUGCUAUUCCACGCGGCACGCGGUAAUGUACUGAUCUAUGAAGCUAUGAAUCUUGGACUAAUAUUAAAGGUCCAGAUGCAGAGGUUUAAUUGUUUUCUUCUAUUCAUUUUCGAGUCCCCCCCCCCAUCUCUCAUAUCCCCCGAUUCAUGUAAGUCGUUUGUAGCUUUUUUUUUUUCUCCUUUUCUAAUUGUAAUGUGUGAGGAUUGAGAGUGAAAAAAAUGUAUAUUCAUUAUAGGUUGCUGUCAAUUGUUGUAAAGCAGCUGCCUUGUAAAUUCUGAUUAAUGAAAGUAAUUUUCAGGUUUUUACCUUCUCUGAA